AUGGAACACUGUAACAACUAUGAAGAGAAUGGGAAGUUGAGGGGAGCGCGUCAAGCGUACGAGAAGACCACGCCCAUCGUGCUGGCGGAGCAGCUGAAGAACGACGCGGGCAGGAGGAAGCGGAACGCCGAGAUGUCCUGCCCGGAGUCGGCGGUGGCUCACGAUGGGGACAUCAGCCAGCGCGCCAUCAGCCCCUGGGCCUGGGAGCUGGACGUGGACGUCAACCGGUACCCAACAGAGAUCGCCAAAGCUAAGUGCCUGUGCACGGCCUGCCUUGUCAACGGCGUGCAGGACUACAACUAUUUCUCCGAGCCCAUCUACUCACAGAUGAAGGUUCUGCGCAGGUCCAAGUGUGACAGAAAGGGCCGGUGGCGCUAUGAAGUGGCCUGGGAGGACGUACCUGUCGGCUGUACCUGUGCCACGCCCAAGAGCUAGGUCAUCGACCAAUCAGAGAUCACAUUUACCCCUUCCCAUGAUGCAUAGCGGUAUGAGUCAGAAUUUAUUAGUUCCUUUGAUGGUCCUCGACAAAACAGAGAUCACCUUUUCCCAUUCCCAUGAUGCAUAGCGGUAUAAGUCGGAAUUUAUGAGUUCCUUUGAUGGUCCUCAACCAAUCAGAGAUCACCUUUUCCCAUUCCCAUGAUGCAUA